AUGGCACCUACCAAGAAGACCAAGAAGACCACUGACAGCAUCAACUCGCGCCUUGCGCUUGUGAUGAAGUCUGGAAAGGUCACCCUUGGAUACAAGUCCACCCUCAAGACCCUCCGAUCUGGAAAGGCCAAGCUCGUCAUCAUUGCUGGCAACACCCCUCCUCUCCGCAAGAGUGAGCUUGAGUACUACUCCAUGCUUUCCAAGACCCAGGUCCACCACUUCGCCGGUAACAACAUUGAGCUCGGAACUGCUUGUGGUAAACUCUUCCGGUGCUCGACCAUCGCUGUCCUUGAUGAGGGUGACUCGGACCUGUUGAGCGGAGAGAUUGCUUAAGUGCAUUCUACUUAGCGCACUUGAUGGGAUGGAAUGAGAUAGUCCCGGGGCUAUGGGAUGGGC